UCUCUCUACUCAUCUGAAUGUAUAGAGACUGGCUAGGUUACUUCAUAGACUAAUAGUUCUCUUUCCAAUUCUAGGGUUUUAUAUUUCUAUAAAAAUCUGAGAAAUUUGAGAUUGAUUAUAGUUUCUGACGAAUAAUACUGAUUUCACGGUGAUUGGGGUGAUCGGACUGCCUAGGGUAGGGAAAUUGACGAUAAUGAACGAGCUCUAUGGCUUUGCUGGAACUUCACUUGAUCAGCAUUAUGCAAUGGCUAGGCUUAAAACAUGCUUGGUCAUACAAUCCCAAGAUCCUACUGCUGAAUAUCUUCCAAAUUGUAAGGUGGUUGGAGACGAGCUUGGGGUUCUCCCUGGCAUGGAUUCUAUAUUUUCAGCCUUAGCACUUCAGAGGAAUGUAGGAUUCUCUGGGAAUGUUGCUCAAAGAAACCAGCAGGAAGAUAAAUUUGAUGUAAUUGUAUAUGAUGGUAUUAGUACUGAAGAAACUAUGCAGAUGACUGGCGCAACUAGCAAAGCAAGAUUGUACUUGAAGCAUUUUUGGAACUUGGCUGAAAAGACUGACCUUGGGAGGUUGGCUGGUCCGUCUCUCUUGAGACUUGCAAAUGAAGCUAUUAGUUCAAGCACUAGAGGGUCCCAGCUCAAUGGGAAAAUGAGUGCAGAAAUAUGGGACGAUCUGGAACAAACUCUGGAGGAAAAAUACAGUGGAUGGGCAAAAGCAAAACUCUCUCUCUCUGACAUGCACACACAAUAGAAGUUCAGUAUGCUUCUGUCAUUAGUAAUUAUGUGUUUGUGUGUGUGGUGCAUUCCUUAACUCAAAUAGUAUAUAGAAUGCCAAAAUCAAGCAUCAAAGAAGUUAUACCACAAAAUUUUAUCCAGGGAACUGCUGGACUUGGACUGACUUGGAGAGAAGCGUUUGUUUUCUUGAAGACAUUACAAACUGUUCUUUAAGAGAUGUGUUGAUAGCUAGUUUAUCUUUUGGAUAUUUCCCUUAGAAAUAUUGUUGUGUAGCAUUUGGGGCUGUUGGUAAUGAGUUGCAAUUCGCGUAACAUGAUAUAUUUGCUUAAUAUAUUUCUUUGGGAGAUGCUAAGCUUACUAUAGUAUUCGUUCAUUUACCAAAGUAGUGAUCUUGAUUUCUUGUGUAGGUCCAAUUAUUGAUACUGUUGUUAUGAAUCCUCCGUUCGGAACUCAGAAAAAGGGGGCAGUUAUGGACUUUCUCUUUGCGACUUUGAAGACAAGAAAUGCAACAAGGUUAAUUGCUCUAACUAUUGCCACGAGUUUAGGUGACUUAACACAUACAUUGGGCACCCUCGUUCCUGUGAUAGGAGCAAAUGGAUUUGCUACAACAGCAGCAGCAGCACCUGUAAUAGGAACUGUUGUCGGUAGUUUUAGAUAAUUUCUUAAUAGUUGUCGAUAUGUUUAGAAAGUUAGAUGUGCAUAGUUUUGGAUGAUUUAAACUUUUUGUACAGUUUAGAACUUAAGGAUAUAGUUUUCGAAUGUUUGGAAUGUAUAGACAAUUGUUGAACGUUUAUAAUUUAUGGAUAUAGUUUCCUUUUGAUGUUUCAAACAA